CAAAUGAGUUCAUUUAUUUUAAAAGGAGAAGAUAGCGAAUUAAGGGGUAGACGGGGUCCAGGUCAACGAACAAAGAGAAGGAGUGAGGGAUUGAAGAAAGAAAGGGUUCGACGGGUCUGCAAGGAUUGACGGAUUUUCUCGUAACGACUGCGCUUCGUGUGGCUUUAAGGAGCUAGGGAGUAACCCUUGCGGUUUGCUGAAUGACAGCUAGUGGACGCGGAUAAUUAUUUGAAUGGAUUGAUCUUUGGGUGUGUUACUAAGGAUUUGUGAGGAAGAAUGGGUCAAUAAUUUAUUGAUCGAUGUGUUUGUUUACAAACUUCCAUGUACAUAUAUAUUAAUUAUUUUAUAUUAAGCUUAAUGAUAUUUUAUAGUGAAUGGGUUUCUUAAGAAAUUUAAAGAAAGAAAAAAAAAAAAAAAAAAAAACUAUAGAUACAUAUAUGUAUAUAAGUAUAUAUAUAACUCUUUGGACAAACCCUAAGACAUUCCCAACGCAUUCUCCGUCCUCACAUUAUUGUUUUUCUUCUACUCCCCACAUAUUUCCAUUCUCAACCCCGCCCAACUUUAAUAAUUAUAAUUUUAUGGGCGACUUGCUCCAUGAUUAAAUACAGCAAAUACGCUCUGUUGUUUUUGAAGUGCCAAAGAAUGCAAAAUGAAUGUUCCAUUUCUGUAUAAUCAAUUGUUUUCAUUGAGCCGUUUAUGUUUAUAUUUGAACAGUUUACGCUGUAGAAACAAUUCAACCCUCCUCAAACAAGCUUCAUGACAAACGAAAUGCAAAAAGUCUUAUUUUCUUCACUUCCACAGAAGGUGUGGGAUAUUAUAGGACAGUAUUUGCGUGUAAAUGAUUUUGUGUCGGUUAGGAGGAUUGACUCCGAGACUCCAAUCCCCUCUUGCCUAGUUCAUGAGUGUUUGCGUUACUAUUUGAUGACAGGAGAGUAUGCGGAGAUCCUCAGCACUCAUGCCAUCAAGCAGCUGUUGAACUACAGCGAAUUGUCUUGGACUAUUGACUCAACACAAGACAUCGCCGAUACCGGAAUGAAGGACACAGAUAUUCAGGAGUAUGCUUUACGCCAAUACCACAAACACCUUGACUUUCUUCGCAGCGGAAUCAGCAACAUAGCCAUCAAUAGUGAAGAGAGCAAGAAACUCCUGUUUAAAGCGACACAUUUAAAUCUUCGCCAUGUCGUCAACAUUUUACUGCAAGCGGGACAGGACCCACGAGUGGAUAACAACCAUGCAUUGGAAAUUGCACAAACAAAUCAUUACGACAGGAUGGCUCGUGAGCUCGCAGAAGCCAUUCAAAAGUAUGAUGUGCCUAAUAUUGCACCUGGCAUUGCGACCAUGUAAACAAGACAAGCGAGUGAACAAGACAGCUUAUUUAUUGUUUUCUGCUUUUCUGCGAAAAAUACAAUCGAUUCAACGCACACUUUGCAUACACACAAACAGUGCCUUCCUACAUCCACUUUUGUUCAGGAUUUGCUUGGAACUUUUUGUAUGCCUCAAGGUUAAAGUAGGAAAGCUCGGUUUCAUGUUCGAUGUCGCAGAAAGCAAGAGUGUCUUUAUCAUCGGACAAAAUCCACUCAUCGUGGUCGAGAUUAAUAAUAAGAUUC